AUGAUCCAGAACCUGCAGCGGAUUAUCGGCCACUAUCACCAUGGCGGUGAUAAAUGGCAGAAUACAGACCGCCUACAGCUGACCACUCGUGGAGAUCCUCGGCGCAUCUCCACGCCUCCGCGUUAUCUGUACUGUAUCCUUACUCCCUCCCUCUCUUCCGCUCAGAACUCCGCAGGCAUUCAGACCCUCCUCGAUGCCGAGAGAGAGGCCCAGAAGAUUGUUCAACAAGCUAGAGAAUACCGUACGAAACGCAUAAGGGACGCGAAGUCGGAGGCACAGAAGGAAAUCGAGGAAUACAGAACCCAGAAGGAGCAAGAGUUCAAGAAAUUCGAGGCCGAGCACUCGAGCGGAUACAAGAAAGCCGAAGAAGAUGCAAACAAGGAGGCAGAAGUGAAGCUGCAGGAAAUCAAGGAAGCUGGAAACAGCAAGGGCGCUAAGGUUGUCGAAGACCUUAUCAAUGCGCUGACUGAUGUGAAACCUGAGGCUUCCGAAAAGAUCUUGAGCCAGGCAUAG